AUGCUCGCUUGGUGCAUCGUGGCUUUGGUCCCUUUGACACCUUCGUCUGGUGCCACAGUGGCAGAGGAAUGUUCUUCUGCCAAAGCAGAUGCGGUGACGUCAGCAUUGCUUCAACUCGAGCAUGUGAGAGAUGGGCCGUGUAAGCCCUGGUGCAGCAACCACCCCAUUCCCCAAAGCUGCACUUGGAACAACUGCAAGGGCUGCUCUGCAUGCGUUACCACCACCACGACCACCACCACGACCACCACCAUCCCGUCUCCCUUCGGCUACACCUAUGUGGGGACCGGCUAUUGCCACGUCCAGCCCGGGGGCUACAUCGGUGGCUGGUAUAAACCAGACGCCGUUGACCUCGACACCUGUGCACGGAAGUGUUCUUCCGAGCUGAAUUGCAAGUACUUCAGCUUGUGGGUCGAUCACACUUGUGCUCGCUACAGUGACGACCCUGGAAAUUGCACUACGAGGUGGGAACCUAGCAACUAUAUCACCUAUGUCAGGGCACCAGGACGAAGCUAUGUUCCGGGUGAGCCUGGAGCUGUGUGGAUGCCAGAACAUCAGAAAGACAUCAGAGCCAAAUUGAUCCGUGUCUUCCAGGAGCCGGAUGGCGUGUGUCGGGAAGGGAACAUCCAAGUGCCGGGGGAACGAUGGUCAGGUCUACCCACCAUGGCAAAGUUCCUGCGCUUGGCAUUUCAUGAUUGCAUGAAGUAUGCCGAUGGCACCGGUGGCUGUGAUGGGUGCUUGGAGUGGACGGGUGUAGGUGAGCGCUUCUCGCGAGAUCAGCAUGGAAAGGCUCAACUGAAUGCUAGUGAUGAUGGUCACAACAACGGCUUGCAGCCAACAGUGGAGAUCUUGGAGAAGAUCUAUACAGAUCCGACUUUUCCACAGAAGGCGCCGGCUCUGCCACGGUCGCCAAAAGACAGCGGCAUCUCUCGAGCAGAUCUGUGGGCUUUUGCUGGCAUGGUGGCAGUUGAGCAUGGAAUCCUACUCAACAACCUCGCCUGUCAAAAGCUGGAUUUGGACGAUACAGCGGGGAUUUUGAGCCAAUGUCAUCCCAGAGUUGGAGAGCCUGAUUGCGAGGUGGCCGCUCCUCGUCCCUUCACGUUUGCGUCUGGUCGCAAGGACUGCAUUCCGGACCCGACGGUGGACAGACCGUACAAGACCUUCAAGAAGGAACUGCAUCCGGAUCCGAAUGCAAAUGCCUCCGUGACGCUGAACUACUUCAAGCGUGACUUUGGAUUCAACGCUCGCGAGACAGUGGCCAUCCUCGGUGCUCACACAUUGGGCCGGGUCCACAACACAAUCAGCUUGUUUCAGUACACCUGGAAGACACGCUCGGCAAUGCUUUUCAACAAUGGCUACUUCCGCAAUUUGGCAAGCAAAGAAGAUUGGUACUACCCCACAGGAUCCUUUCCAGACGGGAAGAAUAUCCGAAGCACUACUUGUCGUGGUUUCGGCAACUCGAGUGGUCAGCGGCCACCAGCCAGAUGGAAACCACAUGCUUUCGUCCACUUGACAAAUGGUGGUCCUGUACAAUGGCUUCAGGAAAAGAAGGCGUGCCCAUGCUUCGACACAGGCUUCACACGACCUGAAGAAGGCUGCUGCAGCGACGACAUCUUCUCGUGCAAGGCAGGUUGUGAGCAAUACCGCAUCGUGGUAGGUAUGGAUGAGACUAUGCUUAGCUCCGACAUGAGCCUCUACAGGGACUUCUCCACCAAUGAAGGCAUUCCGGGCGGGUGUCCGGGCCUGGAUGGUUACAGCACGGAGUCCAUUCUGUCAGACUGGCGUCUUCGCACCCCACGCGUGCCACCUGGCGAUGUCCAUGGAGACUCUUGGGACUCGAGCUAUUGCCCUUUCACCACCAUUGCAGAUCCACCCGGAAGUACUCCAAUGUACCAAGUGGUGGAAGAGUACGCUGACAGCAACGAGAAGUUCUUCUCGGACUUCUUCCCUGUGCUAGAGAAGAUGUUGAAGAACGGCUACAGCACUGAGGAUCUCCAGGAAACGCCCAUGGCAAGCCAUGCGUGUCCCUACCAAGACCCCCACGAUUGGCACCGCUACUACUCGUGCUUUUGA